UGAAAAGGCAAGUAGCAGUGGUGUAACGGGAUUCGUCCUCCUCUGGCGAGGAGUAUGAGAGAUCGGACCAAUAUGCAGCGUGGUACGUGUUCGUCAUAUCUUAAUGAACAAAAUCACUGAACACGAAAAUAACAAAUUGAAAGACAGAAACGAAAACUGAAACAGUUCCGUGUGGAACACACAGAAAACAAUCACCCACGAAACACUGGUGGGAAAAGGCUACCUAAGUAUGAUUCUCAAUCAGAGACAACUAAUGACACCUGCCUCUGAGAACCAUACCAGGCCAAACGCAAAAUACAACAGAAAAACAGACUGCCCACCCCAACUCACGCCCUGACCAUACUAAAACAAAGACAAAACAAAGGAACUAAGGUCAGAACGUGACAAGUGGUCUAGGUGUUUUCCCUUAACAAGUACCACAGUCAAUGUGUUGAUAGAACUUCGCUAGCGUUUUCCUCAAAUUUGCUUUGUUAAAAUCCCCAGCUACAAUAAAUGCGGCCUCAGAAUAUGUGGUUUGCAUAAAGCCCAGUGAGGUUCCUUGAGGGUUGUCGUGGUAUUGACUUGGGGGGAAUAUAAACUGAUGUGACUAUAACCGAAGAUAAUUUAAUUUAAUUGUGGGUUAUUCUAGAUCGGGUGAACAAAAGGACUUGAGUUGCUGUAUGUUGUCACAAUCACGCCAUGUGUUGUUAAUCAUGAAGCAUACACCCCCAGCCUUUCUUCUUCAUGAAGGGUUCUUUAUUCUUGUCUGAUGAACUGAGAACCCAAUAUGUUACCGUCCCUGAUGUCUCUCUGUAAUGAGAUCCUCACCCUGAGCUCAUCUACUUUAUUGUCCAGAGACUGAACAUUAGCCAGUAAUAUACUCGGGAACCGUUGGAUGGUGUGCCCGCCUCCUGAGUUGAACUAGUAGUCCACUCCGAAUACCUCUUCCCCGCCCGCGGUGAUUCGGAGCAGCCUCUGGAAUAAGUUCAAUUGCCCUGAGGGGUACGAACAAAGGAUUCAAUUCGGGAAAGUCGUAUUCCUGUUCAUAAUGCUAGUGCGUUACCGCCGCUCUGAUAUCCAAAAGUUAUUUCCGGCUGUAUGUAAUAACAUAACACAAAAAAACAUUCUGGGCUAAUAAUGUAAGAAAUAAUACACAAACAAUUAUAAGACUUCAAAGUUUCUUUGGAGCUAGAAGCAAAGCUGCCAUGUCUGUCAGUGCCAUCUUACAUAAGGAAAAAAUAUGCAGACCUAAGCUUGUCCCCUACCUUCCCACCUUUGGGAUAAACACUCCGAUUGUUAGGGUGGAGACAUGAGCAUCUUGUCAUUAUAUACAGAUCUCUGGUUUCAGCCGCUUGUGAAUUGUAAAGGGAAGUUGGUGGUUGCACAGUGAACUGUUAGGAUGCUGGAUUUCCCUAAAUGAAUUGUAUAAUUACUUCUGUCUAAAUCAAAUCAUUCAAAAUUAUUCACCAGAGAGCAUGACAGACACAGAGAACCAUUAGUUUAUUUAAAAAUCUUUUGCUGUGGAUUGUUUCGAAUCACAAGUGUGUUUGGGAAGCUUGCGAUUUGAGUAGUGCGUGUGGCAAUAGGUGUAUCUGAUAGUCGCGGCUGUGAGUGAAAAGCUUCGAAAAUAUGUGCAAAAGUAAUGUCUUGAGUAUAAAAUGUUGCAUCAAGAAGGAGAGGGGAAUGGGGCAAAGAUAUGGUGCGUGUCUCUCCAGAAUGCAUUAAUUUAAAAUGGGUUAAAUAAUUUUACUCCAUAAUGAAAAAGUGAAAACAGUUUUCUAGAAAUGUUUGCAAAGGUUUGAUAAAAACAACAGUAUUAUUCCGCACCUUUGCUAUGAGACUCGAAAUUGAGCUCAGGUGCAUCCUGUUUUCAUUGAUCGUCCUUGAGAUAUUUCUACAACUUGGGAGGUGACCAAGAACCCGAUGAUCACUGACAGAGCUCCAGAGUUCCUCUGGGGAGAUGGAAGAACCUUCCAGAAACACAAACAUCUAUGCAGCACUCUACGAAUCAGGCCUUUAUGGUAGAGGGGCCAGACGGUUGCCACUCCUCAGAAAAAGGAACAUGACGGCCCGCUUGGAGUUUGCCAAACGGCAUCUAAAGACUCUCAGACCAUGAGAUACAAGAUUGUCUGAUGAAACCAAGAUUGAACACUUUGGACUGAAUGCCAAGCAUCAUGUCUGGAGGAAACCUGGCACCAUCUCUACGGUGAAGCAUAGUGGUGGCAGCAUCAUGCUGUGGGGAUGUUUUUCAGUGGCAGGUACUGGGAGACUAGUCAGGAUAGAGACAAAGAUGAAUGGAACAAAGUACAGAGAGAUCCUUGAUGAAAACCUGCUCAGGACCUCAGACUGGGGCGACGGUUCACCUUCCAACAAGACAAGGUCCUCGGAUCGGCCCCGCUGAGGUCGGUCACGGCCCUGGCGGAGCGCCGAGAAGACGAUCAAACUUGACUAUCUAGAGGAAGUAAAAGUCGUAACAAGGUUUCCGUAGGUGAACCUGCGGAAGGAUUAAUAAUUCGACCUUAAGCACACAGCCAAGACAACGCAGGAGAAGCAUCGGGCCCAGCCAGAGACCAGACUUGAACCCGAUCUAACAUCUCUUGAGAGAUACCAGCCACCAUCGAAGCAGCGUCACCCAUGCAGAGCAAGGGGAACAACUACUAGAAGGCUCAGAGCGAGUGACGUUUGAAAAGCUAUUAGUGUGCGCUAACGAGCUAGACAUUUCACAUCGGUUACACCAGCAUCAUCUCGGGAGUUGAUAGGCUUGAAGUCAUAAAUGGCGCAAUGCUUGAUGCACAACGAAGAGCUGCUGGCAAAACGCACAAAAGUGCUGUUUGAAUGAAUGUUUACGCUCCUGCUUCUGCCUACCACCGCUCAUUCAGAUACUUAGAUACUUGUAUGCUCAGUCAGUCUAUAUGCAAUGCAGGACACGCUAGAUAAUAUAUAGUAAUAUCAUCAACCAUGUGUAGUUAACUAGUGAUUAUGAUUGUUUUUUAUAAGAUAAGUUUAAUGCUAGCUAGCAACUUACCUUGGCUUACUGCAUUUGCGUAACAGGCAGUCUCCUUGUGGAGUGCAACGAGAGAGGCAGGUCGUUAUUGCGUUGGACUAGUUAACUGUAAGGUUGCAAGAUUGGAUAUCCCAAGCUGACAAGGUGAAAAUCUGUCGUUCUGCCCCUGAACGAGGCAGUUAACCCACCGUCAUUGAAAAUAGGCCGUCAUUGAAAAUAUGAAUGUGUUCUUAACUGGCUUGCCUAGUUAAAUAAAGGUAUAAAAAUGUAAAAAAUUUAAUUGGCAAAUCAGCGCCCGGAAAUACAGUUUUUCGAUUGUUAUGAAAACUUGAAAUCGCCCCUAAUUAAUCGGCCAUUCCGAUUAAUCGGUCGACCUCUACUACAGAGGGUAGUGCGUAUUUUUUCUUAACUGCAUUGUUGGGUCAGGGCUUGUAAGUAAGCAUUUCACUGUGAUACCAUUUGAUUUAAUAUUGCGAUCUCUCUCCCGCUCCUCCUUUCCCUCCUAUUUGUCCACGUACAACUCUCAGAGAGAGCGGUUAUUGGUCCACUCCUCUUGCAGCUGCUUUGGCCAUUACGUGAAGAACUGUUACAUAAGGAUAAGAUGUAGGAACUUUUACGACUCCCUCUAUUGCGAUACUGAUGUAAACCCACGUGCCUCACUAUGUGUCUUAGACAGACAGAGGAGAGGAGAACUAGGGAUGGAGCACAGAUAAAUCCUAGAGUAGACAGGAACUCCCUCUGUUCCCUCGGAAUCUCUCAGGGUUGGCUCACUCUCUUCCCUACUCACAUAGGCUAAGGUAGGCUGUACAGUACCAUUUUGUUUUGGCCCCGCACCUGAACACCUGCCGCUCAGUGGCUUUGGCAGCUCUAGGACUUCAAUGGACAUGGAAUAUUCCAAACGGGAACAUUGUGUUUUUUUGUAGCUUUUAUUAAGCAAGACCUGACAUUGAUUGUUUUAGGCCUGUAAACAAUAUUGUCUCGAUCUGUAGCAAAUGGGACAUAAAAUGUAUGAGAGGAGCAGGUGUUGGUGGGGGGGGGGGCAAGCGGGAUUGCCGCUGUCCAUUUGUCUCGUGUCCGAUGAAUGGGUGCCAGUUUUUUGGGCCGCUACUGUGUGUCACUGCAGGGACGAAGUGCCACACCGCCGCAUCUAUGUCAAUGGAAUAAUAAUAAGCCUAUGAAUCUUUCAAAACGGCCUAUUUAUGGGACCACGGUUUGUUCAGAGUGGUAGGACAGGAUUGCAGGUUUGGUCUGCCCAUAUCAGCUGUAUCAAUAUAUCACCUGGCAGAGGGGGAGGGGGGUGGUGUCUUACAUGAGUGCCCCUCAGCAGAUGGGAUCAUCAUUCACUCCUCCAAAAAUAAAAAUCUGCCACUGGGGCUGUGCUCUGGUUUAUAUAGUUGCCUCUUGUUCUCUCUCUCUCUCCUUCUGUUGUGACAUAAAUAGCCACUCAGUUUUUUAUUUCUCUGCCCCCGUACCAUGUGUUCACUCUGGAGGAGUUUGGCUGGAGCUGCUCGUUACUGGUCAGUGCGGACUCGGGCUUCUAGCCUUGGCCAAGCUUUUCUGUUGGUGAUUGAUUUAGGAGCUACCCUGGACGUUGUCUUGGCCAAAAGCUGUUCAGUAUUGUUCCGUUUGUACCUGAAUACUUCACUCAAAGACAUGCUCUGGAACUUUGGUGACUAGGCCCUCUCCAUGGAUAUAGACACAGACUAUGAGCGGCCCAACGUGGAAACCAUUAAAUGUGUUGUGGUAGGGGACAACGCGGUGGGCAAGACUAGGCUCAUCUGUGCCCGCGCCUGCAAUGCCACCCUCACACAGUACCAGCUGCUCGCCACCCACGUGCCAACUGUCUGGGCCAUUGACCAGUACCGCGUGUGCCAGGAGGUGUUGGAGAGAUCACGGGAUGUUGUGGAUGAGGUCAGUGUGUCCCUGAGACUAUGGGACACCUUCGGUGACCAUCACAAAGACAGACGCUUCGCGUACGGCAGGUCUGACGUGGUGGUGCUGUGUUUCUCCCUGGCCAACCCCAACUCCCUGCGCCACGUCCGCACCAUGUGGUACCCUGAGAUUAAGCACUUCUGCCCCCGCACCCCUAUCAUCCUGGUGGGCUGCCAGCUGGACCUGCGCUAUGCCGACCUGGAGGCUGUCAACCGCGCCCGCAGACCCCUAGCCAAACCCAUCAAGCCUACAGACAUCCUACCUCCAGAGAGAGGCCACGAGGUGGCAAAGGAGCUGGGCAUUCCCUACUUUGAGACCAGCAUCGUGGCCCAGUUUGGGGUAAAGGAUGUGUUCGACAAUGCUAUCCGUUCUGCCCUUAUCUCACGUCGCCACCUCCAGUUCUGGAAGUCCCACCUGAAGAGAGUCCAGCGGCCCCUCCUCCAGGCCCCGUUCCUGCCCCCCCGUCCCCCUCGCCCUGUGGUUGGCAUCCCCGACCCCCCACCCAUCGAUGGAGAGGCCCCUGAUUCCCUCUUCUGCCAGUCGUUGUGCGCCGACGUCCUCUUCCUCCUCCAGGGCGGUGCCACGCGCGUCUUCGCACACAAAGUCUACCUGGCCACAUCCUGCUCCAAGUUCUAUGACCUCUUCACCCUGGACCUGCUGGCUACUGAGUCAGAUUGGGACGGAGAGGAGCGAGCCGAGAGUGGGGAGGAGGACGAGCAGAGCAGGAGAGGGGCCAAAGAGCAGGCGGGGCGCACGAAGAGCCUGGACAUCGAUAAGGAGGGGGAGGGGGGCGCCAGGGGACUCAAACGGCCACCCAUGCUCCAGCAGGGCUCCCUGAGGACUUCCAAAAGUGAUAACGCCCUCCCCGCCAGGAGCCACUGCCCUCUGGGGCCCCUGGGAGCCGGCCGUGGCCUCUCGGGAUGGGGGAGGGGCUUCCUGAGUGUGUACCUGGAGCACAUAGCUGACCCUGAGACGGGGCGACUUCGCCUCAUGACUGUGGUCUCCAUGGACGGCCUCAUACAGGAAGAACCCUUCCAGGCGGUGCUGCAGUACCUGUACACAGGCAGUCUGGACGAGAGCCGAGGGGGCCUGAUGCAGGUGGCCACCAUCGCCGAGCUGCUGGAGGUGUUUGACCUGAGGAUGAUGGUGGCCAACGUGCUGAACCGUGAAAGCUUCAUGAACCAGGAGAUCACCAAGGCCUUCCAUGUCCGCCGAGCCAACCGCAUCAAAGAGUGCCUCAGCAAGGGUACCUUCGCCGAUGUGGUGUUCCACCUAGACGAUGGAUACCUGCCGGCCCACAAGCCCCUGCUCAUCUCCAGCUGCGACUGGAUGGCGGCCAUGUUCCGGGGAUCCUUCAUGGAGAGCUACAUCGAGGAGGUGUCCAUCCCUGACACCAGUAGCUCCUGUAUGCGUGCAGUGUUGGAGUUCAUGUACUGUGGGCUGCUUUCGCCCUGUCCUGAUCUGGAGCCUAUUGAGCUUAUCGUCCUAUCCAACCGGCUGUGUCUGCCACGCCUUGUUGCCCUCACAGAGCAGUAUGCUGUGAAUGAGCUGCUCCAGUGGGCGAUGAAGGGAGUGGACAUCGACGGACAGGUGCUGGCUUACCUGGAGUUGGCUCAGUUCCACAAUGCCAAGCAGCUGUCUGCCUGGUGUCUCCAUCACAUCUGCACCAACUACAACAGCGUCUGUCGCAAGUUCCCUAAAGACAUGAAGGUCAUGUCUCCAGAGAACCAGAGGCACUUUGAGAAGCAGCGAUGGCCUCCGGUGUGGUUCCUGAAGGAGGAGGACCGCUACCUGCGCUCUCAGAAGGAGCGCGAGCGCGAGGAGGAGAUCCUACGCAAGCUGCGCACCAAGAGAGGCUGGUGCUUCUCGAGACACCCGUCCUCCUCUCCCCAUGUCUCCUGAGGCUGUCACCCCUCCAUGACCCCUCCUGCUUCUGACCUCUCACCCCAGACUGAGGGAGCCAGCUAUGAGUCUACCACCUCUCCAUGACGGGAGAGCCAAGUCUCCCUUCUGUACGAUUGUGUAUGGAGGGGGGUUGUGGCUCAGUGACCAGUCCAGUUCUCUGUGCCCAAGAUGGUGUCACCUAGCUGGGCCUCAGUGACCAGUCCAGUCCUGCCUCCUCCCCCUGAGAUCCACCCACCAGCCUGGGGGUGACGAGACUGGGAACAAAAAGGGCUCUCUCUCUCUGCCCCUCAGUCACACAGAAGCUAAAGACCAUUCCACAGACCACUGCUAAGACUCCCCUAUGGGGAGGUUACCUCUGCCUUCAUGUCUAUUAGACUGUUAGCACACUGGACAAGACCAGAAGCCAGGGGGUGCCAGCUCUGCUUCAACACACAUGGAAGGAUGCUUUGUUUGGUUUUAUUUCGCUUAGGGAUUUGAAAUUAGAGUAGAGCCCAUCCCAGAGUUGGGUGUUUUGCCUCGAGUCUCUGACCACCACCUAUGCCUGUCUGACUUCUCUUCCACAGACUUUGUCAUCCACUUUGGACAGGUUUGACACCAUUUUGUUUUCUCCCGGGUUUCAUCCCAGUGAAGCUCCGUGUUGGAGGUUCUGUUCUAGAAUCAGCUGUGCAAGGGAGAGGCAGUAGAGGUGGUUAGUCUGGGUUGAGGUACCUGCUCAAGCAAAGGUGGUGGUUUGUGAUUCAAGCACCCAUCGUGAUCCCCCACAUAACACCAAGAGGAGAGGCCAACAGUGCUGAACAAAUCCCCCUCAAUGACAUUCAAAGUGAACACUUGAUAGCAUUUCUGGAUCAGAGGGCUAUUUUAUACCACUGCCAUGGGAGGGAGUAAGAAGCCAAACUUCUUGCUCUGUCUUAAUUGACCACUAGGGUGCCCCUCAGCCAGCCUGCCUUAACUCCCCCGUACCACAGGGGGCAGCACUGCUCAGGGUUCCAUCAUCAACCCUCACCGGGAGCAAACAGGAGUUUUCUCCCCUGCCUGCAUAUAUCCUUAAUUCUAGUGUCUUUUAACUUUAUUUUAUUACAGCUGUAUUUGAAAGUCAACUGUAGUCUUUUGUCCUCACUGAGUGUAUUAUACCAAAAAAAUGAGGCUGAUGUGUUCCCUCCCUCCUGUCUCCUUGCCUUCCUCUGCUUGCCUCCUCCAUAACAUGGCAAAUGUGGGGAGGAAGGGAAUAACGAAUAGAGGAAGAUAAACUUUUUGACCCACCCCCCCUCUCAGUAUGUUUUUAUAAAGCUGCAAUGUCAGGUAAAACCCAGGUGCCACUGCAGGACUUCCACUCCUUUAGCUGGAAUUGAAAAUGGCGCUCAGGAUGUCCACUAAAAAGACAGUAUGUUUAUGACACACACACACUUAAACAUACAUACAUACACACUCACAUUUACACUUGUACCUGUCUUUUCGGUCCACUAUUUUGGGGGGUUAAUGUCUGCUCAGCCCUUCAUCAGUGUUAAUAAACCUUUAAAUCUACCCAUAUAGUGUUACAUUCAGAUGUGCUGCACUAAGGUUAUUUUUUUUUGUAUUAAAAGGUGUCUAAUAGACAUUAACGUUAGUGAAUAUAUUCAUAGUGUUAUGAAUUUCAAUGUUGGUCUUUUCAGUAUGAGCAGAGCUACGCUUUGCAGUUGAAUCUUUCCAUUUAUUUAACGACAUUCUGUCGUUUUCAAUGCCGCGCUAGACCAAAUAUUUCACUUGCUUUUUUUGAUUUCUUGCGCUGCAGAGUGCAGUUCUGUUUUGGUUGUGAGGGAGUGUGCUGCUUCAAUCAUUUUGUUAACAAAGGGAAUGUGUAGUGUCUUUUAGUUCAGUGCUAUGGAGAUGGAUUUUGGGCUGCUGAGAACAUCUUAAUAACCCACGGCACCGUCAAGAUCUUAAUGAAUCCAAGACAUUGUAUUACAACAGGCAAGUUGGAAGACGAAGAAAACAAUAACUAACAAAGCAUUAUUACUGUAUUUUAAUUGCCUUCUUUUUGCACAAAAGUGGUAGUUAUGUGGGAAAAAAAGAAGACUUUGUAACAUGUUUCUCUUUACCACCUUCGUUCUAUUUGUGGGUUUGAGAUUUCCACCCCCGCCUUUACCCAGGUGACUGUGGGAGAUAGAUGGAUGGCGUGAAACUUGUUUUUUUUUUUAGCUUUUCUUCACGGGAUGCGUGUUCUAGUCAUCAACAGCUACUGAAAUAGCUAUGUGAUAGGAUCUCAUGAGACCCAAGUGAGAAUUGGCCUGAUUUUUUACCCCCCCAAAAAACUGCAAACCUGCAUAUUUGGAAUUGGAACACUGAAAUAGUCCUUGCGCCCCUAUUUCGGACUAGGAUAUUGGAACAUUAAUCUGGGGUUGACAUAGGAACAUAGAGCUAUUUGACUUCCAUGUCCCCUUUCAGUGCCCCAAGGAUGAGCUAUUAAAGUUGUCUUACUAAUGGUAGACAUGCCCUACAAAGCCUUCCCUCAUGGAAGUGCACAUCCACUAUUGGGAAUCGGAGUAUACUCAAAAUGUACAGUGUAAGGUAGUGGUAUACAGUUGCAGACAGGUUCUACAAAGGAUAAUAGUAGAGCUGAUUGAUUCAGUCUCUGGUUAAUGCUUACACACCCAGUCUCACCCACUCAACCGGCCCAGAGAGGCAGGCCUCUCCCUCACCUUCCUCCCACGUCUGAGUCUCCCUCUGGAGCUGCAGACCCCAGCGCUACUCCCGGAGAGUUUCUGGGUCUUCGGGUGGUCAGUGGAAACACAGGCCUUAAAUUAGUAAUCGAAGGGGCUAUUAGUAUUGUAAGUACCUUCUGUAAUGCCCCAGAGACCAAGGUUUAGACACCUGUGAUCGAGGGGAUGCGAACGCUUACUAUGAGAAUACUGGUUGCCUUGUGUGAAUGCUGUUCAACACUUGUGGGAUGUGGUUAUUAUUUUUGCAUCGUGGCCUAAUUUUGGUUUUGUAAAUGCAGUUUUUCAGUAUCUGGUUGCACUUUCCUUCCUUGUGUGGUCUUUUUAGCUCUGACUUUUUUGUGCUUGGCACGGACAAUUCUUUAACCGGGUUGUUUUAAACAUGUGAUGUUUUGUAGCAUGGGAUCUUCCUUUCUCCCUUCAACUGUCCAUGUGGCUUUCUCUUAGGGCUUUGACUGAGUGUGUAUCUAUCUCGUCAUGCUCACAUACAAAGGCAACCCGGGCUCAGCUGUAGUAUCCUAGUAUUAGUGACUGAAAUGAAAGCCUCUGUCCAUUAUGUGUGAAGCCUCUCAAGUCAGUGAUACUAUUGUAAUUGUAUAUAAUAUUAUCCUCAUACGUUCUGUUGGCUUGAGUACAGCCUAAAUGUAACGUCAUUGGGGAUCUCAUCAUGACAUUGAGGGUACACAGGAAUGUCAGUAACUAAUGACAAUGGUUAUUGACGUUGGCAAGAUGUGUUGCUUCUUGUACAGUGUUAAAGCAGUAUUUUACCAGGUGUGGGACCAUGGUUUCCCCAGUGUGCUGGUACAGUUGUGGUAGGUUGUGCUCACGUUCUAACGCUAUAUGAAUUCAUACACCUUGGGAAUGUCCUAUUUAUAAAUCGGGCAGCCUUGGGAGCUACAGUGAGAGGAAUGUUUUGAUUGGGCUGAAAUGCAUGUAUACACAGGGAAACAAAUUACGAAGUGGAUCUUUGGCUUUGAACAGCCGUCAAUAGUUGACCCACAUUGCCCCCUAUUGGCCCAUUUCUGUACCUGUGAUUUGAAACGUCACAUUAAGUCCAUACUCUUUUGAUGUCACUUUCACAUCACCUUAAUUUGCAUCAGCUCAAGAGUGUAGUAUUGUCCAAAGAAAACAUGAGUAUUGCUGAGAAUUUGAAGAAUAUUUUUGACCAUGCCGCUUAUUGACAGAGAACCCCUUGUUGUUGUUUGCCCCUGGUCUGGCGUCUCCUGUGCCUUUUGAUAUGACCUCACGCCCUCUUGUCGAGCCUCUAGCGGUCAAACAGGGAAAUGGUUCCGAUCCUUUUUUCCACCAUUCAUUUUUCUGUUAGGGAAUUUUAGAAACACUUCAAAUAAAUUGUAUCACUAUAUUUAGCUCUAUUUUCAUUCAGAUUUGAACAUUCUAAUUAGCAUCAAAGUAGACAUCAUGAAAGACUACAAAUCCCUGCAAGCUCAUGCACGUCAUCUGUAACUGACACCUUUGCUAACUGGUUUUGUGUCAAUUUAAAACAUGCACAAGACCGUUUACAUAAUUGUCAAUUUAUAUAAAUGUUGACGCUUUUCAUAACUACAUUUAGCUAACAUUAGAUAGUUAAUCCAGAUAUUCUUUGCCUCGAUUCGGCAGUCUCGCCCAGAUCAUCAAAGCAUUUGUCGUUCUUUAUGAUAGCCACAUUAGCCUCUAAUUAGCAUUUCAUUUUUUAAAUACAGGCAAAUAUUUUGAUAAAAGUCACCUUGUCCUAGAGAGAUUUACACGAAACACAGCCCUUAUUUGAGGUGUUUCUAAAAUCUCCUCUGGUACAAAUGAAUGGUGGAAAACCGAUUAUGACUCGUACCAUGGUACUCUAUAGGCUUACUGUACAUAUGAGGAGGGGCCUCUAAACCAAUGCCUUCUGGGUUCAGGUUAGCACCCACCAUGCAGGCUAAAAACACAUGUGCACACACAUUGGACCAGGCGGGUUUCCUCCUUGUCUCUUAGUGCCUGUGGAUUGACCAAUGGUUCCGCCAUCCUAUGCUGUGUACCAAAGGGGCUAUGUUGUUGAGGCCUACAGUAGUCUACAGUAGCUGUGGGGUACACAGUGCAUAAGGCCCCUGACUUGGAGCUUUACAAAUAUGUCACCCAAACCUUGUCGUCACAUCGUCCAAACCAAGCUAGGCUGUAGAUACUAAAUUGUUGAGAAGACAUUGAGAACCAACAGAUUUCAGAUUCAUGAACAAACUGAUCUUUUUGCACUUGGCAGUCUGUCAAGGCAUGCCCUUUCUGUCUAUUAUGUAGCCUUAAGUUUACACCAUGUGUGUACUAAUGGAUUAUUAAACCCAGUUUUACCAGCUUGCCUCGGCAGUCACAAAUGGCUUCAACCCAACUCUGGCUCCUCUCUCUCUCUCUCUCUCUUUCUCUCUAUAUAUAUAUAUAUAUAUACAACCGUCCCACGGUGUAGGGGUGGGGAGUACCACCAAUAAAGAAGGGAGACAGUACCACAAAAUGUGAAGUUGAGCACUACAGUGUCUACCAUUUUUUUUUUUUUUUUUUUUUUACACAAAAUGGCACAACUGCUCCUCGGCUGCAACGAUACUCUCCAGUUAAUUUUGUAAACCUGAUCUCCACUUGUUUGACCCAAAACUGUGUUACGCCGCGUUCACUCGCUAGUCAGGAACUCGGAAACUCUGAAAUUUCCGACUUGCUAACUUGUUGAACAGGGCACGUGUAUAACCACCAGCAGUUCGCAAGUCACACAUUUUUUUGAGUUUUAAUAGUUCCAAUUAGCACAUGAAUGCGUCAUUAGCCCAGGAUGGAGAGAGCUGGGAGGGACAGAAGCCUUGGUCGGUUGUAGGUGUAUCUCUGCUCUGUGACAUUUUCAGUGUGACUUACACAUAGUAUUAAUAUGCACUUCUGUUUCCCUCUUCUCAUUUCAAAUGAAUAUUGGUAUUAACUGCUUGUGUUAAUAUGUUUCUGAAACUGAAAAAGCACACAGACACACACAACACCACGUACACACAAUAUUAAGGGCUUUUUUUUAAAGAUAACAAUCAGAAUGUUUUGCUGCUUUUGCAAAAAUGUUUUGAAUAAUCCUUUGUAAUAUUUUUUAACCACUGAUUUGUAAAAAAAAAGGAAACCAAAUAUAAUUUUUUUGUCGUUUCAGUAUUUUAAUGUUUCACCUGGCUUUUAAUUAAACCCUAAGUAAAUAUUA